GUGACACAGAAAGCAAACAGGAAGUUGAAACAGACCAAGGCUUUGCUAUCAGAAAACAGCAAACGCAAUGUCUCAGGACCCGUGGUUACAAAAUUAUGAUGCCACUUGUCGUCUUGCCCAGGAAAUCGCUGAGAAUAUUCAUGAGCGGAACAGACAGCAAAGGACGGAGGGGAAUCCUGCCAAGAUCAACAUGACUCUGCGAGCAUCUCUUCAGAGACUGAAGCAGCAGAUCACCCAGCUGAGGGAGUCCUUGCUCAGAUCUAUAUCCACUCGACACAUAAUGCAAUCGGAAGCAGACAGGAGGCAGAAUUUAGUGGAUGAACUUCUUACACGAGAAAAACAACUGCAAGCGACUUUUAAGAAUGAUGGCACGGAGCCAGAGCUCUCAAGGUCCAGCCUCUUGACUGGAGGAGGAGGGCAGGGGGGCACAAUUAAUCCCUGGCUGAUGGACGAGCCUGAGGAAACCAGGGGGCUGGGGUUCACAGAGAUCAAACAGCAGCAGCAGAGAAUCAUAGAAGCCCAAGAUGCUGGCCUUGAUGCGCUAGCAUCUGUCCUCAGCAGACAGAAACAGAUGGGGCAAGAAAUUGGGAACGAACUGGAUGAGCAUAACGAGAUCAUCGACGAUCUGGCGCACUUGGUGGACAAAACGGACAACAAGAUUCGUAAUGAAACACGGAGAGUAAAACUCGUGGAGAAGAAGUCAGCUUCCUGCGGAAUGCUGGUGGUGAUUGUUCUGCUGUUAAUUGCCAUUGUGGUAGUCGCGGUCUGGCCAAAAAGUUAAUGAAAGUGGAAUCGAUGCUGCUACUCUGUACACCAUUCUGCGUGAUUGCCUGGUAAUGGAAUGAAGACACUGUGAGGAACUGGAACUUCCUUCUCUACAUACUUUAUUUUUCCUCUAUAAUCCAUGCGCGAAAGUGAAGGAAACGACAGCUGUGCAAACAAGCAAUAAAGAUUAUUCCGUGUUCCCUUAAAUGUCAAAAUGAAUCAUGGAAACCAACAUGCAUCUCCCUGAGCCGUGCACUUCAUAGUUAAUUCAAGAGAGAGUGUUUCCUGUGUGUGACAGCGCAGUGAUGUCAGAAUCAGUCAUUGUGGUCUGCUUUGUAGUUUUCUGAUUUCAUAGGCUGUUAAUAACUUUUUCUUCUGCAACAUUGAAAUUCACUGUUACGUACAAAGAGAGUUUUUCAGAUCAUGACUUUUAUUAAUAUUCCUGAACGUAUGAUGAUGCUAUAUAAAUAAUGAACGCAUUCACUAAUGGAAGGAAAUUAUUGUAAACCUUAGGAACUAAAUUACAUUAAUAUGCUUCAGAAGGAUUAAUAUGUGUGAUUUGUUUCAAUGUACCUAAAUUACUGUAUUAAAAUGUAUUUAUCAGCCUGGGUUUUGGGGUUUUUUUUUUGCCUGGCAAAUAAUAUUCCCUGUUCAUAUUCAUAUCUCCAAAACUGUUUGAGAUUCAUAAUUCGUAUUUCAUAUUGUCAGGGCAACAUCUUUGAAAUGUGAUCUGUACAGCUGCUGUCAAAGGUUCAUGUGACUUCUUGGAUUCUAAAUGAUGAAGAUGUAACGCUUUGUACGCAUUUGUAUUGUAUGAUUCUGUAGGCGAGUCUAACGUAUAGGUAUAGUCCAAUAAAAGUGAUUCCUUUU